CUGAGAAAAAACCCGGCAGAAACAAGGCAAAGCUGCGCUCACUCCUGCGCUGAGUCUCCAUCAAUGAUGAAUGGUCGAUCAAAAAACGGUCUGUCUGGCAUGUCUGACUAUGACCAGAUAGAGGACGAGACCUUUGCCGCUCUCCCACCACCGCUGUCUCCUGGAGAGGGCAACUUUGACGAGGAUCAUGCAAUCAAUGGAGAGGGAGAAGACGGAGAGCUGUCCAAGCUACCUGAUGUUCCUGUAGCUAAAAGGCGAAUAGUUAAGCGACCCCAACCCAAACUAAACUCUCAGAAGCUGCUGUCUGAUCGAGGACUUCCAGCCUUACGUACAUUAUUCAGUGAUGUCAGAUUUAAAGGCAAAGGUCAUGAGGCUGAGGAUCUGAAGGUUCUAAUGCGGAAAAUGGAGAACUGGGCCCACAGACUUUAUCCCAAACUCCAGUUUGAGGACUUUAUCGACAAACUGGAGGUGCUAGGAAACAAAAAAGAUGUACAGACAUGUCUCAAGCGAAUCCGACUGGACAUGCCCCUGACCCAUGAGGACUUUGUUGGAAAUGAUGGUGAUGAAGCAGAGGUUCGCUUACCGGAAGAUACAGACCCGUUUGAGGAUAGAAGUUUUUCUGAAGAUCCGUUUAUCCACUCUACACCGGCUCCUGCACCAGUGUCUCUUACAGAGGAACAGCAGCAGCGCAUCGAGCGCAACAAACAGCUGGCUCUGGAAAGAAGGCUGGCGCGACAGAAACAGCUAGAGUCAUCGGUGUCGGCUUUCAUAGAUGAACCUGCUGCAAGUCCCACAACACAUCGCCUCAGCCAAGAAGACCAGAAAGAACUGGAUCAAACCACAGCAAACACCGACACGCCUUUAAAACAGGAUCCUGUGGAGUCUCAGAGCUCUCCUCAGCAGAACAAACCGGAUAGUCCCAUUCCAGAGAUAACAAAUGACAAAAAUACUGAGAGCGAGUGAUUGGUUUUACCCUCGUCAGAACAUUUCUAGGGUUGCAGCUGUUAGACUAAGAUGUGCAUUUCAUCUUGUAAUCUAGCCAAAUGCUAACACACCGCUUCUUGACAUCCUCUGUGAGGAUUUAAAAUGAGACACGUCUGGCUCUAUUUAUACUUUCCUUACUUGCUGUAAUUAUAUCUAAUUCUUUCUGAUCAAACUACAGAGAUAACCAGCUGCUGUAGCUGACCUCUUAUCGUUACUGGAUUGUUUAUUACAUGCUGUUCUUUAUUAGUUACCUGUAAUGAGAGCUAAUCAGAAAAAAACGAUAAUUAUCACCAGUGCUGAUGGAUGCUAAAUGUGCUCAGUUAAGAAAUGUAGUCUCACUUCGGUCUAAGCAGCUCUAAAGAGUAUCUUGUAUUGUAUUAAAGCAUAAUACUAUAAUCAAAAUGCCACUAAGAGUUUGUGAUUAAAAAGCAAGUGGAUGUUUGUAAGCUGUUUAAGAUUUUUUUUUCAUAAUACUUGUGCAUUUCCUUUACAUGGUUUGUCUUUUUAAGUAUCAUUUUCCUUUCACAUUAUUGCAAUAUUUUCAAUAAAGUGUUAAUACCUUGUUUAUUGUA